UUACCAUAGCAACGAAUUACCUGUCUUGGUUUCAUACACAAUUAUUUGACAAACAUUAUAAAAUUCAGUAUGAAAUUAAAUUCCAAAUUAUAAACAGUGUAAUAAAAAUUGUAAGAAAAAAAUAAAAAAAAAAUCUGAAAAUGGAAAUGCCAAUACCAAUUGCCAACGAUUUGGAAAAACGAAUUUCCGAUGCAUUUUGUAUUUUUGACCAUCAUGGUGAUAAGACCAUUGAUGUACGCGAAGUUGGCACUGUGUUGCGUUUCUUGGGUUGUGUGCCGACUGAACAGGAAAUAAAUGAAAUAAUUACGGCCACAGAAACCGAGGACUCCAGCGGUGAGGUGCACUUGACAAGAUUCCUACCGCAUGUUACCCAGCUGUUAAUGGAGCACAAAAUGGAACCAGCUGAACCGGAAAAAUUGCUAGAAGCAUUUCAUGUUUUGGAUCCCGAAAAUCGUGGAUGGCUUACCAAAGAUUAUCUAAGUAAACUAAUGAUGGAAGAGGGUGAACAAUUUACCCAGGAGGAAUUAGAUGAAAUGAUGGCUGUUGCUGUCGAUCCCCUAACUGGCAAUAUACCCUAUGAAUUCUAUCUAAAUCAAUUGAUGCACAAACCUAAAGAUUCAAUUUACGAGAUUGCCGAUAGAAUUCAAGCAGAAAAACUCAAAUCAGCAAAACCUCCUAGAAUAUCAAGAAUUUCCAAAUUUGAAAUUAAAUGAGACUAAUGUAUUUCUUUUCUUUGUCAUUUAAUUUUGUUACAGGUCUAUCUUUAACAACAGCAGAUUUAAAAUAUAGGUACAAAAUAAACGUUUCUAUGACACAAAA